AUGCCCGGGCAGGCAGGCGAGGAGUGCAGCGAAGGUCCAUGUGUCAUUCUCAGUCUUCAAAGCUAUGAAUACCACUUUAUCAACGAAGAAAAGACCUGGGAUGAGGCCCAGAUGUACUGCCAAGAGUACUUUACAGACCUGGCUGCAGUGCAUGACGAGGAAGAUCAGAAAAGACUCACUGACUCCACAGACUUUCAAGAUAAAGUAAUCCUGAUCCAGGAGAAGAAGACCUGGGAGGAGGCCUUACACUACUGCAGAGCUCAUCACCAGGACCUGGUCACCAUCACUGACUCUCACCAGCAAAAAUGGGCCCAGAAGAGAGCCACACAGGCCUCAUCUACUUUUGUUUGGUUGGGACUGCGCUACACCUGUGUUCUGGAUUUGUGGUUCUGGGUCAGUGAUGAGGCAGUCAACUAUAAGAAAUGGGGUCAACAUGGGCAGUUUGAUCAGUGCGAGAUGUGUGGAGCCAUGGACAGGGAAGGACAUCACGAGUGGUACAGUCGGGCAGAAACGGAAAAGUUCAAUUUUAUCUGUACUCGUUAA